AUGUCUGAUCAGCAAGGCGAAGCUGAUUCACAUGUAAAUAGAAGGAAAAAAACGCCAAUUUCUGGAGUGUUUAGGAAUGCCUCAAAGUGGGACUAUUUUUCAAUAAACCAAGUGGAGAAAAAAGUCCUGGGAACAAUGAAAAACAGAAUAGUGUUUGCUGCUAUUUUACUUCCUUUAGCCCUAUUGACCUUUUUAGUAGAACGUAAAUUAGUAAAGCUUCCACACUUUGAAUAUUUCUCAAAUAAAUGUGAUCAGAAGAAAGUAGAAACUGAAUUGCAGAAAAACAUCAAUGAAGUCUUCCAAAAAAUAGACAGUAUUAUCCCAAAGAUCAGAUUUUCCCAUAUUGACCACACGACUAGUGCACAAAGGAGCAUUGCAACAAUAAAAAAUCCAAGAAACGUUUAUUGUGUUGGAGAUACUUUAAUAGUCCAAGUUGAUUCUUUUGAUUUCUUGGGCAACAGAAAAACAUUUGGUGGAGAUUUCUUAUUGGCAAGAAUAUACUCUCCGGAAAUCAAUGCAGGUGCAUCUGGAAGGGUUGAGGAUUUUGGAAAUGGGACUUACCAUAUACAUUUCAAGCUUUUUUGGGCAGGAGCAGUAAAUGUUUCCAUACUUCUAAUUCAUCCCAGUGAGGGGGUCUCAGCCCUAUGGAGAGCAAGAAAUAAAGGUUAUGGCUAUAUAGCCUAUACUGGUUAUUUUAGCUUUCAAGGAAAAGAAGCAAAAACAAAAUGUGGUUUUAACUUAAGCAAAACCGAAGAAUUAUGUGAGUAUUCUGACCCCAAAGAAGAGGAGUACUUUUACUGUAUCAAACCUGCAAACAUGCCUUGUGGAUCUCUGGCUAGCUUGGCAAGUAAUUAUGUUGACUCACACUCCUAUCUGAGUGAUCUGGAAAAACCUCUGUUUACACGCUCCAAUAUCUUGGUUCAAAUCCCAAACAGUUUUGAGAAGCUUUUCGUCUCCAGUUGUGGCAGUAUUAGUCAGCAACCACAGCAGAAAUGCAGAGCUGGGAUGGAAUAUCAGUUUCCUGGUGGAUAUUUUUAUCAAAACAUGUGGUAUCAUCUUUCGUGCAAUAUAUCACGUUAUCGUGGCAAAGAGAAUAUCAACAAAUGCCUUCAAGGCAGAAUUGUAUAUCUUAUAGGAGAUUCCACCAUACGCCAGUGGAUGAAUUACAUUACUAGCAAUAGCAACAGUUUAAAACCAUUUGACCUCCAUGGAAGUAACUGGGCAAAGACUCUUCUUUCAGUGGACACUGAACACAACAUUAAAAUAGAGUGGAGGAAACACGCCAACCCUUUUAUAACACUGGUUUUUCAUACUUUCAAAGAGGAAUUCACAAUCCCACAUCAAAUUGAUCAGAUUGGGGGUGAUAGUUAUACAGUGAUUGCAUUUACAAUUGGAGCGCACUUCCGAUCUUACCCUAUUGAACCUUUCAUCCGCAGAGUGAUCAAUAUUCGACGGGCCAUUGAAAAACUGCUCCUGCGAAGCCCUGACACCAAAGUCAUCAUUAAAACUGAGAAUAGCAGUGGAGUAACUAAGAAAGUAGAGGAAAUGUUCAGUGAUUUCCAUGGAUACAUUCAUUAUUUGAUAAUCAAUGACAUUUUCAAAGACCUCAAAGUUUCAUUUGUGGAUGCUUGGGACAUGACGAAUGCGUUUGCCAGUAAUAAUAUGCAUCCUCCAGUGGAGGUCAUAUCAAAUGAAAUUGACUUGUUUUUAAACUAUGUAUGUUAAAUUAAUCUGAAAACUA